UACACGUGGCGGGAUUUCAAGGAUUGGUAUAGUUGAAAGUGCUUCUCGUAUAUUUGAGGAAGAACAGAUUGGUGAUUCAGUGGUGGAUCAAUAAGUAGCUAUUGUAUUAAGACAGUAAGAAGAUAUUUUGGGAUUGGGAAAGAAGUGGAUUUUCACCCUAGUCUAGCAGCUUUGCUGCUCACUUAAACACAGAUGAAUGAAGACCCCAUUUGGAAAAUCACCAGGUCAACGGUCCAGAGCUGAUGCAGGUCAUGCAGGAGUCUCUGCAAGCAUGAUGAAGAAAAGAACUUCCCACAAAAAACAUAGAAACAAUGUUGGACCAAGCAAACCUAUUUCUCAGCCACGAAGAAACAUUGUAGGCUGCAGAAUACAACAUGGCUGGAAAGAAGGGAGUGGACCUGUAACACAAUGGAAGGGCACAGUUCUUGAUCAAGUUCCUGUAAAUCCCUCUCUCUAUCUUAUAAAGUAUGAUGGAUUUGAUUGUGUGUAUGGACUAGAACUGCACAAAGAUGAAAGAGUUUCAGCACUUGAAGUCCUUCCAGACAGAGUUGCUUCAUCUCGAAUUAGUGAUGCCCACCUGGCAGACACAAUGAUUGGCAAAGCUGUGGAACAUAUGUUUGAAACUGAGGAUGGUUCGAAAGAUGAAUGGAGGGGGAUGGUCUUGGCUCGAGCUCCUAUUAUGAACACAUGGUUUUAUAUUACCUACGAAAAAGAUCCUGUCUUGUACAUGUACCAACUCUUAGAUGACUAUAAAGAAGGUGAUCUUCGCAUUAUGCCUGAUUCCAAUGAUUCACCUCCUGCAGAACGGGAACCAGGUGAAGUUGUGGACAGCCUGGUAGGCAAACAAGUGGAAUAUGCCAAAGAAGAUGGCUCAAAACGGACUGGCAUGGUCAUUCAUCAAGUUGAAGCCAAACCAUCUGUCUAUUUCAUCAAAUUUGAUGAUGAUUUCCAUAUUUAUGUCUACGAUUUGGUGAAGACAUCCUAGACGACUUCAUGAACUUUUGCCAAAUUUGUAGAACUAUUAAAUGUAAAAUUUGUAGACACAAAGACUUGACUGUUUUUCAGUUAAAUGAAAGCUUAAAUGUCCCUGCAAACUGACAGUCUCUGCCAGUGAAACUGUUUUGUUCCGAAUAAUAUAAAUUUCUGUGAACGUGACACAUUUUACAUUAGAGAACUCCUUUUCUUGAACGAAGUUGAUAUAUUUGGAUAGGAGGGGAUUAAAAGCAAAGAAUAGCUGCAAAUUGAAACUGUGUGAAGUCAAUCUAGUAUUGUAACCUAGAUAAUUGCUUCUCAUAAAUUUUAACUUUUUCUUCAACUUUGCACUCGCCUGUUCAACUGCCAAAUGCAAGUGUAGUUGGUUAUUUUCAAUAUGCCUUCUUUUGUAAUAUUAAAUUUAAUUUCUUGGCUACUGGCAGUCCUUGUUUUCUGGGUUGGGGCAGAGGCAACUCUUCUGAAGUGUUUAAACAGUUUAUGCAGGAGUAAGGAGUGCCUAACAAGUAACAUCAAUCUACUGCUUUUCUACACUUAGUUUCAAAUUAUACUUCUUAAGAACUUGCAGUACAUGGAAAUAUUUGUGCAUUUUUUACUAGUCACAGAGCAGUAGGAUAUCAGGUGUUUGACUUCUGCACCUUUCAGUGAAAAGGCUUUUAAUCUACAAAAAUAUAUUUAAUCUGUAUAACCUGUUAAUUGGAAAUUGGAAUUGGCUAAGGGCCUAAGUUCACUAAGUUUACUGGUUCCUAAGUUGUAGGAACCAGUAAAAUACACACAACAAAGCUGCUUUUAAUCCUAAAAGUUGUACUCUGUUUUGUUAUAUGCAUUUCUUAGCAGAACCCAAGUGAUUGGUGCCACAAGUUUAACACUAUAUAUGUGCUACUGGAGAAGACUUUAGACUACCCAUUGGCAACCAGUAGUCUUUUCUUUAAUAUCAGAACCUAGAAACCUAGAUGUUUGUGUGUGAACUUAGAAACCUAUUAGUAGUUAAUCUUUUACAAGGUAAAUACAAUCUUAUGUGAGUGGGGGUCCUUUUAUACUGAAGACCUCCUUUAGUGAAGGAGAAGCAUUUGUUGCCUUCUACUCAGUCUGCUGUAUUCCUUUGCUUUGUUUUGGGUUUUACUAUUGUUUUUAACCAUUUUGGUUCAGUAAGGCAUCUUCUCAAUGUAUUCUUUUUCUGGCUUUUCCACAUAAGGAGUGUCCAGACAAAUCUACAACCUGUUGUUACCUUUUGUGGUGUAUGCUGUAUGAUUUGAGGUAUGCUGUUAACAUGAAUUUCAUUCUAAGAACACUAGAGUUCUGCAUGCCAGUGGUGUACUAUCUAAUGGGAGCUAUAGACAGUCUCAGUGGUUCAGUCAUCUGCAUUAGAUUGUGGAUGUAAAUAGCAGUCCACAACAGCAGAAUCUUUUCGCAGUUUUAAUCUUGUAAGAUAGUUGUAAAUCAAGGUUAGGGUAUUUGCUGUUUUUUAAGCUUAGCGAGUUUUUUAAUAGCAUCAGAACUAUAACAAGGAUCAGUACAGCAACAAAAUUGUCAUGGUAAAUCAGAACUCUACAAGCUUCAAACCACUGCUUCACAGAAAUACUGUGUGAAGAAUGUGAAUACAGUAAACACUAUUGAUAGAAAGAAGGAAUACAUAGAUAAUCAACCUUAUGCUGUUACUGGAGGGAUGCAGGAGAGAGACUGUUAAUCAGAGAUCUGUCCUCUGUUGUGGGUAUUCUUCAUAUGAAAGAUUCAGUGGUUUAAGUCCCUUUCUAUCCAUUAUUUUUGGCCUGAUUUUCAUAUUUUAGCCUUAAGGCUUGUGCCUCAUUAUGCUGUAAUGGUAAUAUGGUAAUACUAUAUAAUAUAUAUGGUAAUACUAUAUAAACAUGGUAUCUUCAUUCUUUGUCCCUUGCAUUAUGUCCAGUAUUUCAUUAUGGGCAACCAAAGGCCGGCUAUUGUCUUUCAGUUCACAGCUUCUCAAUCCAGUCUUUAAGCACUGAGUCAUUUUCAUUGUGUUUUGGACAAAGUGAGCAGAUUUGCAACACAGUGCUUUCAUCCUGCAGAUCUGUUAUAUGCUUUCUAUUGACUCUUAAGAGUCCUGCAUGUAAAUCUCAAAGCUGAGCCUGGCUCCAUGAGCCCAAGUUGAUAUAUGUGGCACAAGAACGAGUGUAUUGAUUGCACACAAAACACAGUAAUAACUUAGUAAAAUGAAUUUUGGGCUUUACAUCUAAGGAAUACAAGGUUUGUUUUGAAAUAUUUGAAGUUUAGAUCUACAGGAACAUUUUUUAGCAUUUGACUUGCAUUUGUGGAUUUUAUGCUAGCCACUCUAAUAUACCACAUAUUUUGUUAAUUAGAAUAUAAUCUAUACACUGUCAAAUAUUAUGGUUGUUUUUAGAUGUCCCUGUUGUCUGUUGCAUGGGGGGUUUCUUUUAAAUUUUUUUCUUAAGGUAUGGUGGGGGGGUGGUUUUGGGUUUGGAUUUUUUUUUUUUUUU